UAUGGUAUACGGGGGUCUGCCUCACCACCUACAGUGGGACAUUGACCCCAAACACGUAGAGCUGGGCAAGAAUGUGGUGAUCAGUUACUCCGUCUUCAAGACAGUGCCAGCCUUCUCUCUCGUCAUCAACGUGGACCGUCUCCAGGCCGACCAACUCUUCUUCACUGGCGCCCCUGUGUUCGGCAUGACGGUGUACAAAUUGAACACAACCGGUGAACACCUGGUGACCUUGACCUUGACCUGGUCACACCAACAGGAAGCGACCCUCACUAAGAGUGUGUGGGUGUAUGUCCCUCUCAGACUCGAGCAGGUCACCUUCACUUUACCUCCACACACCGUCACACCUCCAGGUAGUGUGAGUGCCAACAUCAGCCUUGACUCCCAGGGUGAAGUAGCAACAUCAGUAGUGGGCACCAUCACGUGGGGUGAUGGUGGGGCUGGAACAACAGUCAACCUCACAGAGAUCACUCAGCCUGGCACAGCAGGGGAGGUGUACAAGACCUACAAUCACAGCUACCAAGCCAGUGGAGAUUUUAAUGUGUUUCUUACACUCGCAAAUCCUAUUUCAACCAUUCAACUCUCCAGCGCGGUGCGGGUGAUGGCCGGCCUCACACUGAAGAAGAUCAUCGCUCAGUAUGUUAACGAAGACAAUGCCCCAGCCUGGCCCAGCAGUGUCUUCAAGACGCAGACACUGCUUAACUUCACAGCUGUGGUUGAGAGUGGCACUGCUGCCAACUUUGAGUUAUUCGUGCAGGGCCACAGCAAGACUAGCGCCACUCCCUCCAUCUUCUUCUCUUUCCCUAAGGUGCCUGUUAAAUUAAGGAUCAGGCGAUGUAUCACUCCUGGGGGCUUCAAGGCUUCUGGAAUGUGUAUAAAGGCUGGGAAGUUCAAUGUGAGCAUGACAGCUUCAGGAGAGAGUGGAACUUCACCAGUCAUGGUAGUGACAGUGGAAGUAGCCCGACCACUAAGGGACCAUGAUGUUCAACUGAUGCUACCAGCUAAAGUCGUCUGGCCUCCGGCCAAGACACAGGCAGUAAUCAGUGUGACAUCACAUGAGGAGCUGCCCACUCAUGUGAGUGGUUCAGUCACCUGGGGUGACGGUGAGACUGUCAGCCAAGUCAGCAUGACUGAGGAUACUCCACCAGGGUCCUCAGGAUCAGUCACAAGAACUGUCAUCCAUGAGUACCAGCAGCCAGGUCAAUAUCUGGUGACUCUUCAACUCGCAAAUUCAGUCUCACGGGCAAAUAUCACCAAAAUGGUGCAAGUGCUGAACCACCUCUCACUUGACAAGAUUGUAGUGAGAUAUCAGAAUGAAGUUGAUGUGCCAGGUAGGCCUACUGACUUCUGGAAGACUGACGUUCCUCUCACCAUCACUGCUGUAGAGAAGACUGGAAUUUCCAAUAACUUCACACUGUCAGUGAAUGGAGACAUUAUAACUAGCAAAACUUCAUCUUUUACUUACACUUUCACAGCAGCUGGAGAAUACAACAUGAGCGUCGUGAGUUCUGGUAGGGCUGGUAUCUCUCCUGCAGUGACACGAGUGUUACAGUUGGCAAGACCAUUGAAAGAAGAGAACCUUGUGCUAAUUGUUCCCAACAUGGUUGUGUGGCCCCCAGCUGAGGUAAUGGUGACGAUUGUGUUGAAAGCCCCGGGAGAACUCCCCACCCUUGUGGCAGGUGUUUUAUCUUGGGGAGAUAAUCAAGGGGAGACACAGCUCAACUUCAAGAAAGAUACAUUUGCUGGAGCCAUUAAGGCCAUCACACAAAACAUCACACACAGUUAUAACCAGUCAGGAACCUUCCACGUCAGUCUCAUCUUGCAUAAUCCAGUGUCUGAACUCAACCUUACCAGGGAGAUUUCAGUGGUGCAACAGCUAGAGCUGAGGGAGUUAGUCAUAACUCUUAAGGAAGGUGAUAGAACCUUGACAAGACCUCAGAAUGCUUUCUUUGUGGAGGACACUAUAAGCAUCACUCUAGGGAACAUCAAGGGACAGGCAGACCACUAUGUCCUCUCGGUCAGUGGUCAGAAAGAUCUGGUGCAGACCUCGCCCACUUUCAUACUCAAGUUUAAAAGGGAGAGUGACUAUGAAGUGGCUAUAGUCGCUGAAGUCCUGGGAGAAACAUCUAAUAAAGUAUCUAGUUGGGUGCGGAUUCGUGAAAAACUAAAUAACCUUAAGGUGGAAGUGUCUGAUACAGAUACUCGAGCUGGGUUGGAGAUUACCUUUACCAUACGAGCCCCACUGUUCCUCGGUGCCUGCCUUUCUUUGAACCUUGGGGAUGGCCGACUGGUAGGAUGGAAACGAGCUGAUAAUUGCGAAGGUCAAGGCACAGGUCGAGAAGAGUGGCAGAAAGUAGCAUUCUCAGAAUUAGUGACUUUAACUCAUAAAUACUCAUCACCAGGUGUAUAUAAACCUACAGCUCGAUUGUUUUCUGCUAUGGGUGAAUUACAAGAGAUGGUCAACAUAAUUGUGUUAGAUAGUCUCCCAUGUGAUUACCUAAAUGUCUGGAUACAGAAGAAUGGCACUUUGGAAGCACCUGUUAGCAUGACACGUGCAGACAAGCUGUGGGUCCGGAGCUUCGCUGAUGUUAACUGCAGUGUCCCAGAGAUGGAUAUGGAAAUUAGUUGGAAGGUGGUUCGUGUGAAUGAUAGUGAAGAAGUGGAACUGUCAUCUGUGGACACAAGCAAAAGUGUCUUGUAUCUACCAGCACGUACCCUUCACUAUGGACAAUAUCGUGCCAUUGUUUCCUACAAUUAUCCAUGAUAAGUAAGCUAGUACACAUAUCUAGAGGGCGCUCCUGUGUGGACAGUAUUAAAUGGGGUGUCAGUGAUUCAAGUGGGCAAGAGCACCCUGAUGGUUGUGAUGAUGAAAGGAGGUGCUCCCAGGGUCCGUCGAGGUACACUGCAAACACUUAGUCUCUCACCUGGUCAUGUCUCCUAUGAUCCUGAUUAUCCAGAAAUACCGCUGCGUAAUUUUGUCUGGUCGUGUCAUUUGGUGGGUGAAGAGUUACCUGCCAGGAGUGUGAUCUCUGAUCCCCCAGCCAACAGAAGUGCAUACACAGAGGAGGACCGAGGUGGAUGCUGGGGGCAGGGACCUGCCUGGAUGUCCAACAUCAAGCCCACAUUUAAUAUUAAUGUCAGUAUUUUCCGGAAUCCUCAUAAGACUUACAGUCUUCAAAUUACAGCCUUGUUAAUCAAAAACCAAAACUUCAGUGCCAGGGAAGAGCGUGUUGGUGAGGAUGGGUGCGGAGAAGUUCCUGUACAUUACUCCUGGAGGGUGUUUGGUGUCGAGUCGCCUGGUGGGGGCACAAAACUACUGGAUAUUACUGCUGUCACUGUAGGAAGAAAUCAGUUUAAAUUGGCUCUCUUGGAUGAAUUUUGGGAGAAGUAUGGCUCAUCCUAUGAACUGUUUGAUGUAGAAGUCAGUGCUCACCGAGCUGAGGAAACCUCAGAGGGUCUUGCUGUCCAGCGUAUUCAGAUCAACAAAGCACCAGUUGGAGGGUCCUGCAGUGCAGAGAUUCUGAAGUCCUCCACUGAGGAAGAUGAAGUGCAGGAGAAGAGCGCUGGUGAGGCCGUGCCCAUCUUGCCUGUCACAGCUCUUGUUGACAAGGUCGUUUGUAACUGCACUGGCUGGCAAGAUCCAGAGGGUUUUGAGAUACCCAAAUACUCUUUCUUUGCAUUAACAGACAAAGGUGAGAAGAUGAUCUUAACAUUUGGACUGAGGAGUGCUGACCAAGUGGUGCUGCCAUAUGCCAACCUGUCUUUAUGGGGUGCAGUCAGCGACAACAUGGAUGCUGAGACACAUUACUUUAUAACCAACAUUGAACCUCUCCUGCCAUCCCAAAGAGCUUUUGAUGAGUACAUGGCCAGAAAUGAACUGACAAAAGCCACAGGUGCACGUGACCAGACUAAAGUGGAUAUGUUGCUACGUGCUGAGAAAUCCUUAGCAGGCAUCACUCUUCCAAUUGAAAUGGAUUAUAUUGAGGACUCUGAGGGCUCAAGAAAUGAUGGAAGCAUGGAUCUUGAAAAGAACCUUAACAUGCUAGGAGCUGCCAGUAAGUUCUCAGCUACUUCCAUGGAUGAAGUUAUCCAGGUAAAUAACAUACUUGGAGCUGUAGCUGAUCCACUACCGAAAGAGAGCCAGGCCUCAGCAGUGGAGAUGCUGGUAGCACUGUCAGCAUCAGCAGACAAGGAAGCACCUCUCUCUCAACAGAAGGACUUUGUUGCUGGAGCUCUGACUACAGCAGCCAACCUCAUGAGGGGUGUUAAUAAGAGCACAAAAUUGUCAAAUAAUACAAUGUCAACCAACGAUGAUGGUUCAGAAAUAUCAAUCAUGUCUAGAAGAAGAAGAAAAAGAAUGGCUGCCAAUGAGUCUUUCUUCGUAGAAGAAGAAGACACAUCAUAUGAACCUUCUGCAGAUGACCAGGAUGCCAAUGAGAAGGUGGAAAAGAUGCUGGGGGUUGUAGGGUCAUCGCAAGGAGCACUGCUGGAGUCAGCUGUUGUAGGGGAGGAGCCAGCCAAAAUUGACGCAGGAGACCAGGUCAAUAUGGCCGUCGGAUUCUUCGAUGCUGCAGAACUAGAGGGAAAGGUUGUAGAGGUUGGUGGUGCUGUCUAUGUGUUCCCUAGCUACUGUGCCAUCAUCAGGCAAGAGCCCACAUGUCUCGCAAAUAAAUCUAUUACUAUAGGUGUUCAAAUGGCAAAAUGGAAAGGCCAGGUUCAUGGGUAUGGAGGAGGUCGGGACCAACUUAGUGAGGACUCUGCUACCGUUCAGUUAUCACUGGUGGAUUCUACCAUGAAACCUAUUCCUGUAAAUAACUCACUUGAAGAUUUCAUUAUGUAUAUUCCGAGAGCACAAGAAACUGUCUCAGAACCAACACUUAUAGAGCCCAGCGUGUCGUCCAUGAUGGCCCUUAGUGUCCACAACAUUGUUGUCCCAGCUCCUCGGGUGGCUGUGACCUUGUUAAUUCAACCACAGAAUGAUUCUGAUGGGGCUGACUGGGUCCUUGCAUGGUCCUCCUCAACUCUUAAUGCAUCUCUGGAAUAUGCAGAUAAUCUUAUGUACUUCAGCAAUCUGACAUACUAUCCAGAUACAGGAUUCUAUGAGGCAUUCUUGGAUUCUGACACCAUCGGUGAUGUCACAGGGGUGUAUACUGUGGGUAUCGGAUCCUAUAAUGCAACAAUUCCAGAGCCUCAAGAACAUCCAUGCUUUGAGGAUCCACCCAACAACACUGUUGUUUUGAGCUAUGACUCUGGCUUCAACUCUAGUUAUUUCUUCAGCACUUUCGUAUCAUCUUGCCUCUUUUUUAAUAAGGAACUUCUGACAUGGAGCAGUGAUGGUUGCAGAGUAAUUGGUGCCAACUCGUCGGUCACAGUGUGUGCUUGUAACCAUCUUACUUCGUUUGGGUCUGGGUUCUUCAUAAUGCCCAACACGAUAGACUUCUCCUAUGUGUUUGCUAAUGCAGGAUUUACAGACAAUCUUACCAUCUAUCUUGUGCUCAUCAUAUCCUUGGGGCUCUAUUUUAUUGGCCUCAUAUAUGCACGAAUUAUGGACAAGAAAGAUGUGGAGAAGGUGGGUGCAACUCCACUGGCUGACAACAAUCCCAGUGAUCAUUAUUUGUAUAACAUAAUGGUACACACUGGUCAGCUUCCUAAUUCUGGCACCAAGUCUAAGGUACACUUUUUACUGGUGGGUGACUGGGAUGAAACAGAGGUGAGGACUCUUAAUGAUGACAAACGACCAUUGCUGACAAGAGGUGCUUCAGAUCACUUCAUAAUGGCUACUGAAAGAGCCCUGGGUCCACUACAUUACCUGCGAAUAUGGCAUGACAACAGUGGCAAAGGCAAGAGUGCUUCUUGGUUUUUCUCCUACAUGGUAGUACGAGACAUUCAAACUGGUGAGGAGUUUCAGUUUAUAUCCAAUGAGUGGCUUGCUGUGGAAGAGGGAGAUGGCCAGAUUGACCGUCUUGUGGCUGUGGCAGGCGAGCAACAACUCAAGGAGUAUUCCCACGUCUUUGGUAAAACAGUACAAAAAAAUUUUGCUGAUGAUCACUUGUGGUUUAGCAUCUUCUUGCGGCCAGCACGAUCACGGUUCACCAGGGUUCAAAGACUCUCCUCCUGUAUGGCACUCCUCUACUUAUCCAUGCUUGUCAAUGCAAUGUUUUAUCAAAAGGUGUCUGAUACGCCUGGUAGUGGAGGCCUGAACCUGGGGAUAUUCAGUGUGUCUCCUGAGGCUCUUGGUGUGGGAUUCCUGAGUAACCUCAUUGUUUUCCCUCCUUCCUUCUGUAUUGUUUUCUUCUUUAGGAAAUCUCGACCUAGAAAUCCCAAACAAUCUCGUCUAAAGAUAGCUCUCAGUAAACAGAAUGCAGCUGCUUUAGGUGAUGUGGCAGCUUCUGGGAUGCCCAAGACUUCUCCAUCUAGUGCCAGUACUAAGAAGCUGCCUGUCACCCCUACCACCGUAAACAGUUUAAACAAUAAGAAGAACCAGGCUACUGAAGCUGCAAAAAUGAAGAGAAAGAAGAAAUUGUCUCUGCCCUGGUGGUGUGUCGUCAUAGCCUGGGUGCUGUGUGCCAUUAGUAUUGCUGUCUCAGUCUUCUUCCUCUGGGCUUAUGGCAUUCAGUUUGGCAAUGAAAAAGCCACCAAGUGGCUUACAGCUCUUAUAUCAUCUAUAUUUUCCUCUAUACUUUUUACACAACCAAUUAAGAUUUACUUAAUGGCAAUGAUACUCUCAUGGAUUUUAAAAAGACCAUUGGAUGAGUUUGAAGACUACGAUGAUGAUGAAGAGGAGUUUGAGCUUAGUAGUGAUGAGGAGUUUCUUCAUGGCCCACCCAGCUCACAAGGCAAGCGUCUUCGUUCACAUAACCAGCUGGGAGCAGGUCUGUCGAAGGAGGAGCUGGCUGCAGCGAAGGACCAUCGUAAGCGUGAGCUGGCCAUGCAGGAGUUAAUGCUGGAGAUCUUUGUCUACCUCAUCUUUCUCACCAUCAUUCUGUCUAUCAGCUAUGGUGCCAGAGAUCCCAAUAUCUUCCUCAUGCGGAACAACAUGGCUAACACAUUUGCUCACUUCACAACAUCUGGGUGCCCAUCUUUUUUGGAGGCUAAUGAAAAGCAGCACUUUUGGUGUUGGGCAAGAAAGGUGCUGGUACCCAACUUGUUGAACACAACUCUUUACAACGGUGAGCACCGCCCACAAGAAAUGUGUGGAACCCUUGUGGAUCGCAUCACCUUCCUCCUGGGACAUGCCAUCAUUAGGCAGAUACGAGUGAAGCCUGGUGACCCUUCAGAGCAUCCAGCACGUCAUGAAAAUACAGAGGACAAACGAAACUUUGGGAGGAACUGGAAUAUUUCAGGCCCUGAAGACUCAAAUUACCAGUACAGAUCUGCUCUUCAGAUUCAUGGGUUCCCUUAUGAAGGAGUUCUCUCCAUAUAUAGUGGUGGAGGGUACAUAGUGGAGCUGAAGGGUGUUAAGUCUAAGGUCAUGAGACUCUUGGACUCCCUUGAGGAGCAAAAUUGGGUCGAUGCUCAAACUAAAGCUCUCUUUGUUGAAUAUGCCGUCUUCAAUGCACAGGUGAAUUUGUUUGCUAUUACAAUGUUCAUCAUUGAGUUCAUCCCAGGUGGAGGAAUUCUCACUAAGUUUGAGUUUCAAGGACUGAGGCUCUUGCGUUACCACACCUCCGGUGGAGUCUUCAUGCUUGUCUCGGAGAUUGCCUAUAUCCUCUUCACCUUCUUUUAUACGCAACGAGAGUACAAAGCUCUAAAGAAACUGGGCUGUUCUUACUUCAAGUCUUUAUGGAAUCUUUUUGAAAUCUGGGUGAUUGCGCUGUCAUAUACAGCUAUUAUAUUUUACUUGUUAAAGACUUCGCUUACAUAUUACACUCUGGAUAAAUUCACGGCAACCAAAGGCAAAACAUACAUAAGAAUGCAACCAUUGGCAUUCUUAGAUGAUGUUCUUGGAUAUGUUAUUGCUUUUCAAGUUUUCAUUGGUACUUUAAAGCUGCUUAGGCUAUUAAGAUUUAAUAAGCGUAUUGGUAUGCUCUCGGCCACUCUCAAACAUGCUUCAGGAGACAUUCUUGGUUUUGGUCUCUUUUUUGGCGUUGUAUUUGUGAGUUUUGUAACAAUCUUUUACCUAAACUGUUUUACUUAUGUAAAAGAUUUUUCUACAUUUGUCAGAGCUGCUGAAUCAAGCUUCUUUCUAAUUACUAAAAAAUUUAAAGAAAUUCGUUUAGGGGCCCCAGUCUUUGGACCCUUAUUUUAUUUCAUUUUUGCUUUCAUCAUGUACUGGAUUGUGUUCCAGCUUCUCAUUGCUAUUAUUUGCCACUCUUUUGCCAAAGUAAGUGAAGAUAUAGCCUCCCAGCCCAAUGACUAUGAAGUUGUAGACUACAUCAUAUCUCGAAUGUCUGCAUAUUUGUCAUCACUACGACCCAACAGUGUCCAGAAUAUCAACAUUCCUCCAGAAAAGGCUCCAGAUUUACAGUCUCAGCUGUGGCAUAUCAACACAUCUUUGGACCGUUCUUUGGCAAUCUUGGACCGGGCACUGCCCACUAAUAAAAAGAGAGGAAUAUAAGAUAAGAUAAGAUUUUAUUUGGAUUUUUAACCCCGGAGGGUUAGCCACCCAGGAUAACCCAAGAAAGUCAGUUCAUCAUCAAGGACUGUCUGUCUUAUUUCCAUUGGGGUCCUCAAUCUAGUCCCCCAGGAUGUGACCCACACCAGUCGACUAACACCCAGGUACCUACUUGCUGCUAGGUGAACAAGACAACAGGUAUAAGGAAACACGUUGAACUGUUUCUACCCCGCCGGGAAUCAAACCCGGGCCCUCCAUGUGUGAAGUGAGAGCUUUGCCAGCCAGGCUGCGGGGCUACCAUAUAAUCAGUGAAUUUGUGAUAAAUAUUGUGAUUUUUAAUACAUAAAAUGAUAGCAUAUUUUUUGCAAAAUGUGAGAAGACUGAUAAAUUUUUUAAAGUAAUCACUUGAAAUUACAAUGUCGUUUAUGAAGAAACAAGAAUAUCCCCCUGUAUUGCUAUUAAGGUUAUGUAUAAUUCCUUGGUAAGGUUGUAACUAAAGUGUAUUGCUUAUUUAAUAUGUAUAGUAAAUACAGUAUUACUUUAAUUACCUAUGUCAGCAUAGAUUCAAAUUCAUUGAAUUUAUAAUAUGACUUUGGCAGGGCUUUACAGUUUCAUAAAUUUAUACUAUUAUUACUACAGUGCUAAUCUCAAUAAUACAAAAUUACAAGAAAUCUCACUCAUGGUUUAGAUUUAUUUUGUGUAAAGUACUGUACUGAAUAAUUUGGCAAUUUAUUCAUUAAAUUUUAAUUGAAAACUAGAGGCAGAUAUAGUCCUUGACUUGCUUUUGUAGAAACAAAUGUAAUUUCUUUACUCAACUAUAGUGAAUUAAGAUUCUCAUAGCAAGCAUCUGCGUAGCUCAUUUUGAAUAGAACGCUGCUCAUAUUUAUAUUUUAAACAAAUUUGUAUGAAGUUUUGUAUGAGUUUACACACUAUGUAAGUUUUAUAAUGGGAAAUAUUAAGUUUUCUGAGACAUGACGACAUGAUGACUCAAUACCAACCACUGAUUGACCCACGCAUGAUGACUCAACCACUGAUUGGCCUACACAUGUUGUGUAACCAAAGCACAUGUAUUAAUCUAACAAACAUCUCCCAAAAUAUAAAUUUGAACAAGGAACUCAUACUCUGUGGUAUACAUAGGUGGUAUGUACUGUAGUACAUAAGAACAUAAGAAUGAAGGAACACAGCAGAAGGCCUACUGGCCCAUGCGAGGCAGGUCCAAGUCUCCUACCGGCUUAAGCCAAUGCACCCAACCUAGUCAGGUCAGGUCACAUUGACUUAAGGGAGGAACACGGCAACCGACCUGGUAGCACAAGCUAUCAGGUCUAACUCACACCCACCCACAUCUACUCAUGUAUUUAUCCAACCUAUUUUUAAAGCUACACAACGUUCUGGCCUCUAUAACGGUACUUGGGAGUUUGUUCCACUCAUCCACAACUCUAUUACCAAACCAGUACUUUCCUAUAUCCUUCCUGAAUCUGAAUUUUUCCAACUUAAAACCAUUCCUGCGAGUCCUGUCUAGGCUAGAUAUUUUCAGCACACUAUUUACAUCCCCUUUAUUUAUUCCUGUCUUCCAUUUAUACACCUCAAUCAU